AGGUGUGGAGGGGGAAGUUGAAAUGGCUCUUUUGCAGGUGAUUAAGCUAAACCAGAGCAACCGCGGAUUCCCUGGCCAGCCAGCUUGCUGGGCCAGUUUUUAAAUUCUUGUGCUCUGCUGCUGGAGAUCUCCAAUUAGCCUCAAACUGAAACUCUCAGCUUGUGUGUGAACCAGGCAGCUGCUGGCACGCAAUCUUCCCUGAAGUUGUUUCCUUUCCUUUUUCCUGAGAUUUAGCGCAGGGGGGGAAGGGGCUGGAGUCACAUGGAUACAAAGCUUUUGAUUAAUGUCCAAGUCUGUGCUGCUGCUGCGGAGGCUUUCCAACCUCUCAGCUAACACGGCGAGCUGGGAACCAGUGACCGCUUGUUUCCUCCGGGCUGUGUCCUCUUCCUGACGGGAAAGGAGCACGCACCGGGCUGGCUCCUCGCCUCCGGACCUCGGGCCGCUGCCGGAGCCGGGUGAGAAAGGAGCUGAGACUGCUGCUGCGCAGCUGGGCACCGGCCGGAGCCCGGACCCACUAUGUAACUGAGCGGGGUCUUUUGUUGUCCUUGUCCGCAGCGUAGCGCUGGGCGUUGAGGCAGCGCUGCCCGCAGCCGGGAGAGCCGCCGGGCUGUGAGGGAGCUCCGCUCCUCCUCGCUGCACCAUGACAGAGGAAAGCAAAGGGGAAGGCAAGGGGGAAAGCGGGAAGGACCUGGAGAAGCAGCUUCGUCUGCGCGUCUGCGUCCUCAACGAGCUGCUCAAGACCGAGCGGGACUACGUGGGCACGCUGGAGUUCCUGGUGUCGGCUUUCCUUCACCGAAUGAUCCAAUGUGCUGCAGCCAAAGUAGAUAAAAAUGUCACAGAAGAGACAGUUAAGACGUUGUUUUCAAAUAUUGAAGAUAUUCUUGCAGUUCACAAAAACUUCCUUUCCCUGGUGGAGGAGUGCUUACAGCCAGAACCUAAUGCACAGCAUGAAGUUGGAACCUGCUUUCUUCAUUAUAAAGAAAAAUUCCGUAUUUAUGAUGAAUAUUGCAGUAAUCAUGAGAAGGCGCAGAAAGUUCUCCUUGACCUUAACAAAAUAAGAACAGUGCGGACCUUUCUUUUGAAUUGCAUGCUUCUUGGAGGACGCAAGAACACAGAUGUACCGUUGGAGGGAUAUCUGGUAACACCAAUACAGAGAAUAUGCAAGUAUCCCCUUCUUUUGAAGGAGUUACUGAAGCGGACUCCAAGGAAGCACAGUGACUAUGCAGCACUAAUGGAAGCCCUCCAGGCCAUGAAAGCUGUCUGUUCCAACAUAAAUGAAGCCAAGAGACAAAUGGAGAAAUUAGAGGUUUUGGAAGAAUGGCAGUCUCAUGUGGAAGGAUGGGAGGGGUCCAACAUCACAGAUACGUGCACAGAAAUGCUACGAAGUGGACUACUAUUGAAAAUUUCAGCAGGAAAUAUCCAAGAGAGGAUAUUUUUUCUUUUUGACAACCUUUUGGUUUACUGCAAAAAAAAGCACAGGCGAUUGAAGAACAGCAAAGCAUCUACAGAUGGCCACCGUUACCUUUUUCGGGGCAGAAUAAACACAGAAGUGAUGGAGGUAGAGAAUGUAGAUGAUGGAACAGCCGACUAUCACAGCAGUGGCCACACUGUUAUAAAUGGCUGGAAGAUCCACAACACAGCAAAGAACAAAUGGUUUGUAUGCAUGGCAAAAACCCCUGAAGAGAAGCAAGAAUGGCUGGAAGCUAUUUUGAAAGAGCGAGAGAGAAGAAAAGGUUUAAAAUUGGGUAUGGAGCAGGACACUUGGGUGAUGAUCUCUGAGCAAGGAGAACGACUGUACAAAAUGAUGUGUAAACAAGGGAAUCUCAUCAAAGACAGGAAGAGGAAAUUGACCACUUUUCCCAAAUGCUUUCUUGGAAGUGAAUUUGUGUCCUGGUUGUUGGAAAUCGGAGAGAUACACAAAUCUGAAGAAGGUGUUCAUCUUGGACAAGCUUUGUUAGAGAAUGGCAUUAUCCAUCAUGUUACAGAUAAGCACCAGUUCAAACCUGAACACAUGCUGUACAGAUUCCGAUAUGAUGAUGGAACAUACUACCCCAGAAAUGAGAUGCAGGAUGUGAUUUCUAAGGGUGUACGACUGUACUGUCGCCUUCACAGUCUGUUUACCCCAGUAAUUAGGGAUAAGGAUUAUCACUUGAGAACCUACAAAUCUGUGGUCAUGGCUAACAAACUCAUAGACUGGUUGAUUGCACAGGGGGAUUGCCGGACGAGGGAGGAAGCUAUGAUAUUCGGUGUAGCUCUUUGUGAUAAUGGGUUUAUGCACCAUGUGUUAGAGAAAAGUGAAUUUAAAGAUGAACCACUGCUGUUUCGUUUUUAUGCGGACGAAGAAAUGGAAGGGUCAAAUAUGAAGCACAGACUCAUGAAACAUGAUCUGAAAGUAGUGGAAAAUGUCAUAGCCAAGUCAUUACUGAUUAAAUCUAAUGAAGGCACCUAUGGUUUUGGUUUAGAAGAUAAAAAUAAGGUGCCAAUUAUUAAAGUGGUGGAGAAAGGAUCAAAUGCUGAGUUGGCAGGCUUGGAAGUUGGGAAAAAAAUCUUUGCCAUUAACGGCGACCUGGUUUUUCUGCGACCCUUCAGUGAAGUGGAUUGCUUCCUGAAAGCAUGUUUAAACAGUAGAAAACCCCUGCGGGUUCUUGUGAGCACUAAACCACGGGAGACGGUGAAGAUUCCUGACUCUGCAGAUGGACUUGGAUUCCAAAUCCGGGGCUUUGGUCCAUCAGUUGUCCAUGCUGUUGGGAGAGGAACAGUGGCAGCUGCGGCAGGUCUCCACCCUGGCCAGUGCAUAAUCAAAGUGAAUGGAAUUAAUGUCAGCAAAGAGACUCAUGCAAGUGUUAUCGCUCAUGUCACGGCAUGCAGGAAGUACAGGCGGCCAAUGCAGCAAGAUUCUAUACAGUGGGUUUACAACAGCAUUGAAAGUGCACAGGAGGAUCUUCAGAAAACAAACACUAAGCCCUCUGGAGAUGAUGGAGGAGAUGCCUUUGACUGCAAAGUGGAAGAGGUAAUUGACAAAUUUAACACUAUGGCAAUAAUUGAUGGGAAGAAAGAUCAUGUGAGUCUGACUGUUGACAAUGUCCAUCUGGAGUAUGGAGUGGUUUAUGAGUAUGACAGCACAGCUGGAAUAAAGUGCCAUGUCUUAGAAAAAAUGAUUGAACCAAAGGGAUUUUUCAGCUUGACUGCAAAGAUUCUUGAAGCACUAGCAAAAAGUGAUGAACAUUUUGUGCAGAAUUGUAACAGCCUCAAUUCUUUAAAUGAAGUGAUCCCCACCGAGCUUCAGAGUAAAUUCAGUGUCAUUUGCAGUGAGAAAAUUGAGCAUAUCUGCCGAAGAAUCUCUAGUUAUAAAAAGUUUUCAAGAGUAUUAAAAAACAGAGCUUGGCCUACCUUCAAACAAGCUAAGUCAAAGAUUUCUCCACUUCACAGCAGUGAUUUCUGUCCAACCAAUUGCCAUAUCAAUGUGAUGGAAGUGUCUUACCCUAAAACCUCAACUUCCCUUGGUAGUGCCUUUGGUGUACAGUUAGACAGCAGAAAACAUUCUUCCCAUGAAAAGGAGAAUAAAAACACUGAUCAAGGUAAACUGAAUCCCAUGAUUUAUGUCCAACAUACCAUUACUACUAUGGCUGCCCCUUCAGGACAGUCUCUUGGCCAGCAAGAGGGCCACGGUCUGAGAUACCUCUUGAAAGAAGAAGAUUUAGAAACACAAGAUGUCUAUCAAAAAUUGCUAUUCAAAUUACAAGCUGCACUGAAAGAGGUGGAAACAUGUGUCUGUCAAAUAGACGACCUUCUUUCUUCAAUAACAUACUCUCCCAAAUCAGAACGUAAAACACCUGAGCCUUUAAUGCCAGCAGACAGUGAUAAUGAAAAGGGGGAAAGGAAUGGGAAGAAAGUCUGUUUCAGCAUGACAGGUGAUGAACAAGAAGAUUCUGGUCAUGAUACUAUCAGCAACAGGGAUUCUUACAGCGAUUGCAACAGCAAUCGGAACUCCAUUGCCUCGUUCACCAGCAUUUGCAGCAGUCAGUGCAGUUCGUAUUUUCACAGUGAUGAAAUGGAUUCAGGUGAUGAACUUCCCAUAAGCGUUCGAAUCUCCCAUGAUAAACAGGACAAGCUCCAUAGCUGUUUGGAGCAUCUUUUUGGUCAAGUUGAUUCAAUUGUCAAUCUUCUGAAAGGACCAGCUGUGAUGAGGGCCUUUGAGCAGACAAAAUACUUCACACCGGGUCGAGGCCUCCAAGAGUUUCAGCAGGAAGUAGAACCAAAGCUUAACUGUCCAAAGAGGCUACGACUCCACAUCAAGCAAGACCCUUGGAACCUGCCCAGCAGCGUCCGGAGUCUUGCCCAGAAUAUCAGAAAAUUUGUUGAAGAGGUGAAGGCACGAAUCCUUUUGGCCCUUCUUGAAUAUACAGAUAGUGAGAUACAACUGAGACGAGACAUGGUCUUCUGCCAGAGCCUAGUAGCCACAGUCUGUGCUUUUUCAGAGCAGCUAAUGGUGGCCUUAAAUCAGAUGUUUGAUAACAACAAAGAAUAUGAAAUGGAGACGCUGGAGGCCAGCAGAAGGUGGUUGGAACAAAUAGCAAGUGCAGGUCUUCUCCUUCAUUUCCAGUCCCUGCUUUCACCUAACCUGGCUGAUGAGCAAGCCAUGCUAGAAGAUACACUGGUUGCACUGUUUGACUUGGAAAAAGUUACUUUUUAUUUCAGACAGUCAGAGCCAGAACCCCUAGUUGCAAAUGUACCGAUUACAUACCAAGCAGAAGGAAACCGGCAGACCCUGAAGGUCUACUUCUACCUUGAUAGUUACCAUUUUGAACAGCUUCCUCAAAGGCUGAAGAAUGGAGGGGGAUUUAAAAUCCACCCAGUACUUUUUUCACAAGCACUGGAGAGCAUGGAAGGAUAUUAUUACAGAGACAGUGUCUCAGUAGAAGAAUUUCAAGCUCAGAUUAAUGCAGCCUCACUAGAAAAAGUCAAGCAGUACAACCAGAAACUACGGGCAUUCUACCUGGAUAAGUCAAACUUGCCUCCAAAUUCAACAUCUAAAGCAGCUUAUAUAGAUAAGUUGAUGAGGCCUCUCAAUUGCUUGGAUGAACUUUACCGACUCAUAGGGUCCUUCAUCCGAUCCAAGCGCACUGCUGCCUGUGCAUACACUGCAUGCAGUGCUUCUGGAGUUGGACUUCUUUCAGUGUCAUCCGAACUCUGUAGCAGGCUUGGAGCUUGUCACAUCAUUAUGUGCAACAGUGGAGUUCACCGGCAGUACCAGAAAGAGGCUGUAUUAUUUAACACUAGUCACUAUAUAAGAUGAAGAUGGGAAUACUGUGUAGCAUGGACUGUCAUGAAGUUGUCAUUUCAGAAGACCACGAAACUAUGCAGCUUUUUAUUUGGGUUUCAGUAGCAUGUCUUAUGUGUUCAGAAAAGACUUUGGGCUUAAUUCUGCCUUUUUUUUUUCUUUUUUGUAAAGCUGAAAAAGAAUACCUCUGGGUUUCAUCAUGAUUUUAUGGAUUAAGUUCUGAAUUGGCCAGUGAAUUUGUGCCAAACAUUCUUACAGUUUAGGAAUAAAGUCAGAGCAAUUUUAACAGCCCCAGUAAACUACCACCCACAGUGUGUGGGUCACAAAUUAUUCAGAAUAAUUUGGUGACUGAAUAAAUGGUGGUGUGCUUGAUUCUGAAUGUGAGCUGAUCUUACCUGAGAAUAAAUUAUUCAUCAAAUUUCUGCUCAAAACUAGGGCUAAUUCAAAGGUAUAAACUAUUAAAUGUCUCUUUAAGUGUAUUUAAAAACCAUAAAAUACUAGAAAACCAGCAUAUUGGAUUUCAAGACAUUUCAUUAUGACCAGUGGGAAUGGUAUUUAAACGUUAUGUGUGGGAUUCCCUCUGCAUGGUAAAGGAUUCAAGAUCACCUGUUUAUAUAAAGCAAAGGUGCAAACCACUUUUCUCCAAAGCAUGACUAGUUCUGCUUUAAAGUGAGUCCAUUUGAGGUUUUGUGCAAGGUACUGUUAAUUCACUUGUACAUUAAUAUUGCCUUUGUGGCUACCAUCGCUUCAGAGAGAGAAACAUCACCUCUUGGCAUUAUCAGAGAAAUUUUAAGAUAGGCCCUUCAGGAGAAAGGAAUGCAUUACUUGAGAUUUUAUAGGUACUCAAAGAGGUUUUGCCCAGAAUUUCUAAAAGUUCAGAAGAAAAGUCAUGUAUUUAAAGACUAGGAAGGGUCAAUUUUUUUGAAAGGGUCUAUUUUUUUUAGGCAGGGCUAUUAUUUUUGGAGUGGUAAAAGUUGAGGAAAUUUUUUUAACAGUUUCCUGAAGUUACUGUUGUGCAUACAACUGGAUGAAGAAGUUUCUUUCCUUGGAAUUUGAAGUCAUACAAAAUGACUUUGCAUGCUGUUUUUUUUUCUUGCUGGCCUCCCAGUGGCACACCUCUACAGUCCCAGCACUGAGUAGGUUCCACUUUCUGGCAUUCUGAAUUUGCUUUUGCCUAGCUAGAAAGGUUGUUCUGACUCCAGCCAAUAGGCUUGCUGGGUGAAUUUUGUUCCCAACAUUUCUACUGCUAAAUUCUAAUGUGCUUUUGUGAACCUACACCCCUUGCUCCUUUGCAGACUGAAACUGUCUUGCAGCACCAUGAAAUCCUGGGAUGAGGACAGAAGAAGGAUGAAUAAGAUGCUGGAUGUGAUCGAGUCCCAUAGACAUACAUUAUUUUGCUUGUUGCCUGCAAUCUUGAAGGCUUCUUUCUUCUGUUUUUUAAAUACUAUUUAAUAGGGCAGAAGAUCUUGUGAAAUAGUGCUCUUUAAGUUGUAAGUUAGUUCCUUAGAGUUCAAGCUACUGAUUUUCAGUAAAAGAGGGUAUUUAUCUCUGGCUCUAUUCAGCAGUUUAUUUGUCCUCCUGUGUUCUUAGGGACUAACUGCUGUGAAGUGCUUGAUUUUGAUCAGCUGCAGAAAUCCACAUUUUGGAGGCCUAGACCAAUUACUCAUGACUGUUUUUUAACACUGUGCUGCAGAUAUUAAAUGAGUUGAAAACUAGUAUUAUCUACAGAUGCUACUAGGGAAGCUGAUGGGGGAAAGAUGUAAAUUGUCCUUGCAGGUUAAUCUUUGAAGUAUAUAUUCUUCACUUAUCACCCUUGCCAGCUUGAAAAUGAAGAAUAACCAACUCAGGGCAAGGUUUCUGUAUGCUUCCUUUAAAAAAAGCCCUCAUUUUACCCUAAUUUCUGUGAUUGGUCUGUAAUGGGGGAAGAGUACAGAGUGCUCUGCUGGUCAGCAUCUUUCUUUUGUUCCUGGGAAAUGGGAACUGAGCAAACCGUAUAAUCUGUCAGAAUUUAGAUAUAUUUAAUAGACUUUAACCAAAAAUAUACAUAUGAACCUUCCCUCACUCAAUUUAUCUGU